UAAAAGUUCAAACAAACAUCCAAGUCAAACAAAAGUCAAGCAAAAGUUUAAGAAAAGUCCAGGUGAAAGUUCUAUAAGGUUAGAAAAAGUUGGCAAAAAGGCAAUAAUAAACAACAAUUAA